UAUCUGACAUUCUUCACCUAGUCUAGCCCUACUAAUGACAAUGGAGGCGUCGGUGGCAGACUGCGUCCUCGGCGUCACCGAGCUCCUCGAGAACAUCCUCCUCAAGCUCUCGAUCCGCGAUAUCUUCCAAGUCCAGCGAGUGUGCAAGCAGUGGAAGGUCCUCAUCGACACCUCUCCUUCCCUGCAGGAGGCCAUGUGGCUCGCAACGCUCAGUCCUUCUUCACCACCGACCGAGUACGAAACUAUCACGUAUCCGAAUGACCGAUACCCACCUUUCUUCAAUCCAUCCACUACCGACGAACGCGCUGUCGCCGCUCAACACCUCAACCCGUUCUUACCUCAGCGUAGCUACGGAACUCUGUUGAAAGUUGUCGAUUUUAUGAACUGGGGUCAAUCCACGAACAGGCUCGUCAUUCCUGCUACCGACGUUGACAGCUUCAGUCCUGGUGGGAAAGGAUGCGGUAGGACGAGCUGCGAGAAGAUGCAAGUGUGCAAACCGCCAUGCACGGGUUUUGCCGCGUUCUGCUACCACAUGGAUGGGAACGGAGUGCCGCGAACAUCAUCUUUGAUGCCUUUGCAUAAUGCCACUGGCUUGAGACUGGGGGAUGUGAUGAAGGCAAUCGCGUCGUUGAAGUAGUCACAAGCUGGGCUUGAGCUCAGGCAACAAAAGUCCAGCAGUCGAGUUGGACACUGGUCCGGCUUCUUCGAACGCCAAAUACCUGUUCAAACCUGAUGAAGGCAAGGAUAGGGGUAGAAUGGACUCUCAUCAUGGACAUUUAAUCCUAAACACAC